GCAAAUAAGACGGUAGAUCGCCUUUGUACUGAGCGCUCCGGUGUAUUCUGGUCAAGCGCUGGAAGUUGCAUUGCAGGGGUGGGUCUUCUGCAGUCGGGAGGAGCGCUCCAAGAGAGAUGCUUUUAGCAGCGGGCUUACGAGGGCUUCACGUCGCACGCAGCUCAUUGCUGAGGCGGUGGAUACAUGUUGUUUUGUAACAUUGCCCGUACGAUUCGCUCGAGAAAACACAUGAACGACUAACAACAAUAAAACGAGCCUCUUUGAUCGGAUGCGCUUAAAAAGAAAACCAGAAACCAUUUCCCGCGGAACACCAGGCACCUGUGCCGUUUGAUGGAGAACCGUAAAUGAGCUGAAAAAAAGGGGUUGCUGGUGGAGUUUUCCCCCAUACCCUCAUUGCACCAAAAAAAAAAACACUCCAGUUAGGCAGCCACACGAUGUCCUCAGCUCAGGGCAGGGACAUAUCAGACUACCACCUGAGCGUUGUGCGUGACCCACCGGCCUGGGAAGUGGGGGUCUACGUGGCCGGAUUCCUUGUGCUCCUGGGGGUAGUGGGGGUCAACCUUUGGAAGCUGUGGAAGUCAGGAGCCUUCCCUGCGCCCUCCCCCUUCCCAAACUAUGACUACCGCUACCUGCAGCAGAAAUAUGGGACCUCAUACUCAGAAGUGAGACAAAAGAGGGUUGCAGCCUCCAACCACCAAAGGGCAUCGACGAGCCGCAAGCCCAGCUUGCAGCUGGGGGACACCCCGGACGGGCUCCGGGAGUUGGGGACCCUGGAGCUGAUGAACCGAGACCUAGACCCCAUGGGUACACUGCAGCUCAACCGCUCUGUCUCCACUGACUCACUCAGCUCCAUCUCCUCCAUUGCUAACAACUUUGGCCAUGAUGUUACCGUGGGCCAGCUGGAGGUGACACUGGAGUACGAAGCCCGGACGGGCGUGCUCUUCAUCACACUGCUGCAGGGCAAGGACCUGCUGGAGAAGGAGGAGGGUGACUUCCCAGGGUGCUUCAUUCGGGUCACGCUGCUACCUGAGGAGCUCAAUGUGGGCGUUUCCAGGGUCCAGAGGAACGCUUUCACAGUGACGUUUGAUGAGCGGUUUUCAGUGUCCUUGGAUCCGGCUGCCCUGGAUGAGGGCAGCCUGCGCUUCACAGCGUUUGGCAUUGACGCUGACGAGCGGAACAUCAGUGCUGGUACGGCGGAACUGAAGCUCUCUGACCUGGACCUCUCCAUCAGACCCUUCAAUGCUUGGCUGUACCUGCAGGAUGUCAACAAGGCAGUGGAUGCUGUUGGGGAGAUCUUGCUGUCUCUCAGCUACCUGCCCACAGCCGAGCGCCUCACUGUGGUGGUAGCCAAAGCUAAAAACCUAGUCUGGACCAAUGGCAAGACCACAGCAGAUCCGUUUGUCAAAGUGUACCUCCUCCAGGAUGGCAGGAAGAUCAGCAAGAAAAAGACUUCAAUGAAGAGGGAUGACACAAACCCCAUUUUUAAUGAAGCCAUGAUUUUCUCUGUGCCAGCCAUCGUGUUGCAGGACCUCUCCCUGAGGGUCACGGUGGCAGAGUACACCGAUGAUGGCCGAGGGGAGAAUGUGGGUCACGUGAUCAUCGGCCCUGAGGCCAGCGGCAUGGGCAUUACCCACUGGAACCAGAUGCUAGCCACACUGAGGAAACCAGUUUCCAUGUGGCACCCGCUGCGUCGCAACUAACCCCAUCUCCCUUUCCCUCAUAGUCAGUUAUUUCUGCAUGGUGCCUAUUGUCUUAGUAUUCCGUCUGGGGAUCGAGAGUGAAAAAACUUGGGAGGGAAAAGAGCUUAUUUUUUUCAGGAAACUGCUCUUUUUUGUCUUUUGAAACCCAUUGUACAGUACAUAUGGUAUUAUAAAACAGUAUGGGCAGAAGUCAAAAUGAGUUUUAUAUCAGAUCUUUAAAUGUAUCUUGUAGAAAUUUAGGUAUAGAAGCUUUUGGUAAGGGUGUGUCUUUGACUGAGAACAUGUCUGAUAUCCUGGGCUGUUAAAAGGGAAAAAAAAUCCAGGUUCUUUAAUCCAGGUUUAUCAAUCUCAACUUCAGGCUGGCCAAAUUUCCAUGAACACCCUCAGAUAAAGCAUGUGUAAUAUACAUAAUUUUACAUUGCAUAAUGUUACAUGUUACAUCAUGUCAUGAAAAGUGUCAAACUGUGAUAUCAGGUAAC